AUGGCAGCUUGCAUUGCUGCUGUUUGCUGGGACAAGUGGUCAAGCAUGGGAACAAAGUUUAGAGCAGCAGUUAUCACUCUUUUUCUUUCAUCCCUCCUUCUUCAUCAGCUGGUGUUUUCUGAAUCCAACGAUGGAUUCGUUAGAAUUGAACUGAAAAAGUUUAAGUUGGAUGAAAACAACCGCAUUGCUGCUCGACUUAUCCCGCAACUACCGGAUACUUCUCCAAAUGAUGGCGUCAUUGUAGGGCUAAAGAAUUACCAGAACAUGCAGUACUAUGGUGAGAUUUCAAUCGGUACACCACCACAGAAAUUCACUGUGCAAUUUGAUACAGGAAGCUCUAACUUGUGGAUAACUUCCUCAAAGUGCUACUUUUCCCGUGGGUGUUAUAAUCAUUACAAAUACUCUGCCCGUAGAUCAAGAACAUAUAAAGUGAACGGAACAUCUGCUAAGAUAGGCUAUGGUAUAGGUUCAAUAUCUGGCAAGAUUAGCCAAGACGAUGUUUCAGUUGGUGGUUUAACAAUUAAGAAUCAGGACUUCAUUGAAGCAACAAGACUGUACGGUUCUGUGUUUGACUUUACUAAGUUUGAUGGCAUUCUUGGCCUUGGAUUUCAGGAGAUAUCAGUUAGAGAUGUUGUUCCAAUAUGGUACAACAUGAUGAACCAGGGUCUGAUUCGAAAACCAAUAUUCUCAUUUUGGCUAAAUAGAAAAGAAAAAGAAAAGAAAGGAGGUGAACUUGUGUUUGGUGGGUUUGAUUCAAGACAUUACACGGGGAACCAUACUUAUGUCCCUGUGAUCCGCAAGGGUUAUUGGCAGUUUGAUAUGGAUGAUGUGUCCGUCAACGGUAAAUCAAUAGGUGUUUCUGGUUUUAAUGCCAUAGCGGAUUCUGGAUGUUCUUUAUUGUUUGGUCCAACUGUUGUGAUUACCAUGUUAAACCAUGAAAUUGGAGUCGACAGAGAAGAUAACCCUAAAUGCAAGUCAAUUGUAAGAAUGCAUGGACAAACUAUUCUGAACAUGCUCCUAGUAAAGAAACGUGAGAAAAUUUGUUCCCUAAGUGGAUUAUGCCGAAUUGAUGGAAAGAAAAGUAAUAAUAGUAGAAGAAUAUUUAAGUGCAAUACUUGUGAAAUGAUAGUUGUGUGGAUGGAGAGUCAGCAUAAGAGGAAUCAAACAAAAGAUGUUAUUUUAAACUACGUUAAUGAGCUAUGUGAUUCGAUGCCACAAAAUCGACAAAGGCAAUCAACUGUGAACUGUUUGCGAAUUUCCUCAAUGCCUAUUGUUUCAUUUUUAAUUGGUGGUAGAAAUUUUACACUCUCAUCUAAGGAGUAUGUAUGGAAAAAUGGAGAUGAUUGCAUAAGUGGCUUUACAUCAUUAGAUAUUUCUCCUCCUUUCUGGAUUUUGGGGGACAUAUUCAUGGGUCGUUACCACACCGUAUUUGACUAUGGAGAAUCGGGAGAAUCGAGAGUUGGAUUUGCGGAUGCAACAGAAGAAGUAUAA